UCGCCUUCUACGCCUCGAACACCGCUCUCUGUGCCGGACUCUCUCUCUCUCUCUCGAACGCCAGUGCGUUUCGCAGUGCCGCCCCCACCCACCCCCACUGCCCCCUGUGACCUGACUCGACCUGUGCCGUUCUGACCCACAGCUCCGCUCGUUCCCGACUGGACAGCUGACCAGCGCCGUUUCAUGGUCUUUUUGGGCGGCCAGUGUGGCGCAUCAGAGCCUCUGCCUCUUCACCGCAGACGCGCAGCAGGACAGCGCGGCCCCUAUUCUGGGCCUCGGUCGCCGAGAACAGCCACUGGGCAGGGGCCUUUUGCCGAAAUCGACCGCUUAGCGAACAUAGCAGCGUCGCCCGUUUCCGUGGGGCGCCUGCUCGACAACCUAAUGCAUCCCACAAUGACAUCAAAGGAGGCGGAAUGCCCUCCGAGCCAAAAGGACCAAAUAGAGCCGGUGGACCUGAGCGUGAACAAAAGUCCUGUGGGGCGGCCUGAGCCGGUGGUGCUGCAGGUGCCCAGGUACAAUCCCACGCUAACGGCAGCGGCGGCGCCCCAACGUUCUGUGCCUGCACUGACCACUGCAGCUCUGCCGGAACAGGUGGACCUCAGGUUGCUGUCCAUCCUCAAGAAGGAACAAGGAGACACCCAGAUCUCACCCAUGGAGCUCAUCUCGUGGUACUUGGAGGCGGCCGCAUCAGCCGACUCGUCCGCCCCCGCACCCCCGAGCGAAGCCCUGGCGCACUGUCUCGAGAGCUUGAGGACCGGCUCGACCACCCUUUUGUCACUUCAAAGGAUCAAAGAAGCCGCUAUGGUGCUGCAUAAAAAGUCAAGCCCGGCGCCAGCAGCAAACGGCGUCAGCUCACCCCCACCCACCACAUUCACCACCCCCGCGUGUCCGUCCCCCGGAGGCAGCACCGGCGGCAGCACCGACUACGGCGACAACCUGCGGAGAAGAAAAGUGCACAAGUGCGACUUCGAGGGCUGCGAAAAGGUCUACACGAAAAGUUCCCACCUCAAGGCGCACAAACGGACGCACACAGGUGAGAAGCCUUACACUUGUACCUGGGAAGGCUGUACCUGGAAGUUCGCUCGGUCCGACGAGCUGACGAGGCACUUUCGGAAGCACACGGGCCAGAAGCCUUUCAAAUGCCACCUGUGCCAGAGGUCGUUUUCGCGGUCGGACCACCUGUCCCUGCACAUGAAGAGGCACUGAGAGCGCCCCAACCCGCCCGCCUGCCCUCAGAGGGCCCAAAGCACGACUGCAGUUACCUGGCCAAGUGUUUUUGACUCAACACUCCGUCCUUGCACGAGACUUUUUAAAUAUAUUCUUUACUUCUUAUCUUGCCAAAAGUGAUAUUACUAAACGAAACAAAGGUUCAGAGUUCUUUUUUACCACAAGGUGGCCUCCUUUGUGCUUUUUGAGAGGAAGUCCGAAGUGUGAAUUCUAACCACUGGAUACUUUCCAAGUUCCUCCUGCUUGGUAAAUACAUGUAUUAGCCCAGUAAUAUUAUACAAAGGCAUUCCUGGACAAAUUCAAAGUGCAUUUUUGCACGUAAUUACGGAGAAAAAUAAUAAUUUUGAGCUUCCAUCUCUAGGCAGGAUUUGUAGUUCAGUGGUUGAAAACCAUUGGUUGUGGCAUUAAUAUUUUUAUAGAAUUUUUGCAACCUGGUGCUUUUUACUGAAUGCCCCACAAAAAAACAGCAUUCUCUAUUUUUUGUACAAAAAUUAAUUUGACAAGUAGACAUAAUUUAAAAACAAAAGAUUGACAAUAUUAAGACAUUCUUUAUAGUAAAGUGUUGUUCCAGUGCCUUAAAAACAACACAAAAAUUUGGGACUUGGCCAUUCCUCGUGUAAAGAAAGAUCGACAUCUUUCACUUUAAUUUUAUAUGAUUUGUUUUUAUGUGUAUAAUGAGUCCUACAUCUCUUGGAGACCAGAAUUUGUACAGUGACAAUUUUUUUUUUAAUAAUUUUGGCCAGUUAGUAUCUCAUAAAUUCAUCAUCCAUCACUGGAAAAAUAAAAUGAUUUGAUUCUGUGAUUCGAGAACUGCGGCAGGAUAUCCGAAUCUCAGCUGGUACUUAAUAAUAUAGAUUUGUACUUAAUUUUCAUUCUAUUUUCAUUCCAAUGGAAAAUUUUGAAAGUAUUAUAUGAGAUUAUAAUCUGCUUGCAAAAUCGAAACAGAUUGAUCUACACCUUUAAUUUAUUUUCGCCACUUCAUCAUGGUGUGUACAGAAAUUCAUCUAACAUAUGCAUAUUGUAAAUAGAAUUUUAUAUUUUUAAGGCGGAGUAAAUUAAUUACUUGUUGAGUAUUGUGUACUUUAAAGAAGAAGAAACUUGAAACUUGUUUCAAAUCCUUUUUGUAAUUAAUUGGAUGUGUAUUGUGUGUAUAUGUAAUUUUUUUGAGCGAAAAAGAGAAGAUGCAUGUGCAGCUAAAAUUCCUGUUGACUACUUAAUGAGAAAUAAUGUAUUUUUUCAAA